AGAGAAGUCUAUGCACUAGCGGGCACACGUCGGCAUCACUCGCUCCCUCCUUCCAUCUCUAGCCCGCGUAGCUUCCCGCAGUUUGACCAGCUCCAAGCCAAGCAGCCAAGCAGAAGAGAGGAGAGAAGCCGGCACAAGCGAGGCCACCAUACGCAAACUGGAUCAUAAACUAGCGGCCGGCGGAGGAGACCAAUAAGCAGAGCGAGCGGCGAAGAGCCCGCGGAGCGGGCCGGCGGGAGGGAGGGCGAUGGACAUGAAGCGGGCGCGGAGCCCCCGGGCUCCGGCCGACGGCGGCGACGACGACAAGCGGAGGGCUGCCAGCGCCAAGUGGGGCGGCGCCGUCCGGCCCAAGAUGGUGCUGGUCGGGUUCCUCAUCACCCUGGCCCUCCUCGCCUUCACCUUCGGCGGCCGCUCGGCGCCCCUCCCCUCCACCCCCUCCUCGCCGACCUCCGUUCCCAAGGCCGGCGGCGCAACGCCGAAAAAAACCGUAAUCCCUUCGAAGAACGUAACCGCGCCAGCCACAACUCCGUCGCAGGACAAGCUUCUCGGCGGGCUACUCUCGGCGGCGUUCGAGGAAUCGUCGUGCCAGAGCCGAUACAAGUCGUCCCUGUACCGGAAGCCGUCGCCGUUCCCGCUCUCCCCCUACCUCGUGAAGAAGCUGCGCAAGUACGAGGCGUACCACAAGAAGUGCGGCCCGGGCACGCAGCGCUACCGGACGGCCGUCGAGCAGCUCCAGGCGGGGCGCAACGCCGACAGCUCCGAGUGCAAGUACGUGGUGUGGUUCCCCUGCAACGGCCUCGGCAACCGCAUGCUCACCAUCGCCUCCACCUUCCUCUACGCGCUGCUCUCCGGCCGGGUCAUGCUCGUCAACGUGCCGCGCGAGCAGGAGGGCCUCUUCUGCGAGCCCUUCCCGGGCACCUCCUGGGUGCUCCCCGGCGGGUUCCCUGAGGGGAACCCGAUGAAGCUCAACGUCGGCGCGCCCGAGAGCUACGUCAACAUGCUCAAGAACGGCGUGAUCCGGCAUGACACGCCGGCGGCGUCGCUGCCGGCGCACGUCUACCUCCACGUCGAGCAGACCCGGCUGCGGCUGUCGGACAACAUCUUCUGCGACGACGACCAGAGGCUGCUCCGCAAGUUCAGCUGGAUGAUCCUCAAGUCCGACAGCUACUUCGCGCCGGCGCUGUUCCUCACGCCCAUGUACGAGAAGGAGCUGGCGCGGAUGUUCCCGCAGAGGGAGGCCGUGUUCCACCACCUCGGCCGCUACCUCUUCCACCCGACGGACCGGGUGUGGGGGAUCGUGCGGCGCUACUACGAGGCGUACCUCGCCCGGGUGGACGAGAAGAUCGGCUUCCAGAUCAGGAUCUUCCCGGAGAAGCCCGUCAAGUUCGAGAACAUGUACGACCAGCUCACCCGGUGCAUCAGGGAGCAGCGCCUUCUGCCGGAGCUCGGCGACCCGGCGUCCCCGGCGAUGAACGCGACCGGCCACGACGGGAAGGUGAAGGCCGUGCUGAUCGCGUCGCUCUACUCGGGCUACUACGACAAGAUCCGGGGCCUCUACUACGAGAGCCCGACCAAGACGGGGGAGAUCGUGGCGGUGUACCAGCCGAGCCACGAGGAGAAGCAGGAGUACGCGUCCAACGAGCACAACCAGAAGGCGCUGGCCGAGAUCUACCUCCUCAGCUACUGCGACAAGAUCGCCAUGAGCGCCUGGUCCACCUUCGGGUACGUCGCCUACGGCUUCGCCGGCGUCAAGCCGUGGAUCCUGCUCCGCCCGGACUGGAACAAGGAGGUGUCCGACGUCGCGUGCGUCCGGUCCACGUCCGUCGAGCCGUGCCUGCACUCGCCGCCGAUACUCGGGUGCCGGGCAAAGAAGGAGGUGGACGUGGCCCGCGUCAAGCCGUACGUCCGGCACUGCGAGGACGUCGGGUUCGGCCUCAAGCUGUUCGAUAGCUAAACAUGACAUGGAGCUAGGAUCGUCUUCGGUUCAGUUCUACGUUCCGAAAACAGCAUAAGUAAGGUUUUUCAAUUCUUCUUCUUCCCCCUGUGGAUUAAUUAGGUGUUUGGGGGAUGCCCUCUUGCAUUCGUUUCGUACUGUAUUCAAAUUCGUUCUUUGUACGACAUGUCGCGUACGUACACGCGUAUACACAUUACACAGAUCACUAUUUGAGCUCCGGCUAUACACCUACACAUAUCAUUUUCUUUA